CUAGGAGUUCUUCGGCACGCUGAACAAUCAGGUGAUCUUCAGUCGCUCGAGGCUUGUGAUACUUACAGGAUACAGAAUGGCAGACAUGAGAAAGACUGAAAAGUUCCAGUUACAUGUCCCGAAAUUGGAGGAAUUAUGUGAAGGUAAAACAUAUUUGGGAAAUUGCGAUCUAGUGUUAUGCAUGGAUUUGCUGAACACUUGAUUUAAAAUUAUAUUUAACUGUCUGGUUCAUAUCUUCCUUUCCUCCACUUGCGACUACAGUGUUGCAGAGAGGGCUGAAGAACAAUUUUGCUGACGCGCAAGUUUGUGUUGUCGACUGUCCAGACCUCACUCAAGACCCGUUUAAGUUUCCCGUCAAGGGUAACACAUUGCAACUUCUUGCAACAUUGUAUCGUUUUGCAUUUUCUUAAUUUUUAUGCAGUGAUACUUUGUUACCAUCUCUUUUACCUAUCGACAGGGUUGUGUGGAAAACCUCGCAUUACAGAUGUGGGGGGAGUGCCAUAUUUGGUCCCCCUGGUCAAAGUGGACAAGGUACAGUGAAUGAAAGCCAUAGCGAUAAACUAAUGUGAGAUAAAUGCUAUAACAAUUGGUCCAAUAUAAAUUCUUAUUUCUCUCAAGGAGUACAACAUGAACACUGUGUCAAAGGAAUUGGAGCUACCUGGAGCAUUUAUUAUUGGUGCAGGAGCUGUAUCCUCCAAAAAUGUUGGAAUGAAUGCAGAGGUUUGUUAGCUGUCAAAAUUAUCUUCCCAUUGUCUUGAUAUAUUAAUGGAGUGUUUUGUCAGACUUAUUAUGAUUACAAGAAUAGAAAGACUUCCUAAAGCUGACAAUUUCGAUUACAAACGUUGGGAGGAUAGGAUACAUUAUGGCAGAGUGGUUAGGUUAAAUGCGCAAGAGACAUUUCAGUUGAAUGCAUUCAGUUGUGCAACUGACUAGGUGUCCCCUUUUCCCUUUAAAUUAGACAUGACUUAGUUGAAGAUGUUUGUUUUAUUAAUCAAUAAGUUGAGUCUUAUCUCAUUUUGAUUAUCAUCACCCCAGAUGAUGCCUCUGGUGCUCACUGAAGCUGAGGGAAGGCCUGCAGUGAAUAGCAGCUGGUUUUCCUCCAUCAAUCCAGCUGAUGACCAGUGUCUACUGGAGAAAUACAGCGAUAAAUUCUCAGACUGUGACUUUGGACUGCUGGCGAACUUGUAUGCAUGUGAGGGAAAGUCUGGAAAGGUAAGACAUGGAUGGUUUGGAUGGUAAGAGAAUGGUGCGUGUGAUUAAAACUAUAUUGAUGUUUUUGAUUUUUGGAAUUAUAACUAUUAUAACUAUAAUGCUCGUAACAAGUUAAAAACCAAGUGAGAUUUUAGGUCUGAGUAUCGUUUAAAUUAUGCUUAAUCAUUGUGUAUUACUCAUUAUUUUUCUUCCUUUUUAAUAAUACCCUCAUCUGGUUAUGAAUUUGCAUAAACAAAGUGCCCUUGUCACACCCUGGCUCUGGGACUCAUUAUGUUGAGCCAGGGUGUGUUCAUUUCUAUGUGUGUAUUUCUAUGUUGGUGUUCAUUCUAGUUUGUUGUAUUCUAUGUUUGCCUGAGUGACUCCCAAUCAGAGGCAACGAGUGUCAGCUGUUGGCUGGUUGUCUCUGAUUGGGAGCCAUAUUUAAACUGUAUGUUUUCCCUUUGUGGUUGUGGGUUUUUGUUCCGUGUUCGGUCAUUGAUACCGUGGACGUCACGAGUCGUUUCUUGUUUUGUUUCGUGCUUUAACUAAUUAAAGUCAUGUUUGUUCAUCACGCUGCGCCUUGGUCUACUUCUCUCCCUGACGAUCGUGACAGCCCUUUAGAUUCAUGAUUUAAAUCAUGUUUUAAACAGACUAAGACCUCCCUGUCUGUGUUUGCUCCAAAGGUUUACUUUAGGUCAACAAAUAUUAACAGGAGAAAAGGGACUCUGAACUGGUUGUGUAAUCAGUGCUGAAAAUGUAGUUUUUCUCCUUGUCACUGUCAGGUCAUAGAGGUGAGAGCCAAAAGGAGAAUAGGAGAAGAGAGCCUUGUGGGUGCUCUGAGGAAGACCAUGGAGGAGCACUACCCUGAUAAAAGCCUGGCUCUGGGGGGCACCUUCCUCAUCCAGAAAGGGAAGGCCAAGAUACAUAUCAUGGUAAAAACAUAAAACAUGCAGAUAUUUGUGUUGACAGGAUUCUGUGACAUGGUGUUGUGGUUCCAAGGCUCAAUGCAUGCUUAUCGCUUAAAGGGGCAAUCUGAAGUUGAAAAAACAACAAAGCAGACUCCCUGCCACUGUUUUGGUAAAAAGCAGAGGGACGGGGCUGGAGAAAUGUAACCACUCUCAAUUCUUAGACAUAGAUUUGGAUGCAAGGACUGACCAUCCAUGAUAUCAAAAUUAUAGUUUUAACCAUGUUUUGAGGCUACACAGUGUGUUUACAUGUACUUUGUUUACAAACAUCAUAUAUUUUGGGUUCUGAUGGGGUACGACAGUUGACCUAAGCACAUGAGGCAUUUAUAAGUUAUAUUCUUCAAGAGUCAAUGGGUACAUACAGUGCAUUCAGAAAGUAUUCAGACACCUUCCUUUUUUCCACAUUUUGUUACUUUACAGCCUUAUUCUAAAAUGGAUUAAAUAAAUAAAAAUCUCAUAAAUCUACACACAAUAUCCCAUAAUGCCAAAGUGAAAACAAGUUUAGACAUUUUUGCAAAUGUAUAAAAAAUUAAAAAUAAAACUGUAUUUACAUAACUAUUCAGACCCUUUGCUAUGAGACUCGAAAUUGAGCUCAGGUGCAUCCUGUUUCCAUUGAUCGUCCUUGAGAUGUUUCUGCAACUUGAUUGGAGUCCAUUGGUGGUAAAUUCAAUUGAUUGGACAUGAUUUGGAAAGGCACACACCUGUCUAUAUAAGGUCCCACAGUUGACAGUGCAUGUCAGAGCAAAAGCCAUGAGGUUGAAGGAAUUAUUCGUAGAGCUCAGAGACAGGAUUGUGUCGAGGCACAGAUCUGGGGAAGGGUACCAAAAAAUGUCUGCAGCAUUAAAGGUCCCCAAGAACACAGUGGCCUCCAUCAUUCUUAAAUGGAAGUUUGGAACCACCGAGACCUUUCCUAGAUCUGGCCGCCUGGUUAAACUGAGCAAUCGGGGGAGAAGGGCCUUGGACAGGGAGGUGACCAAGAACCCGAUUGUCACUCUGACAGAGCUGCAGAGUUCCUCUGUGGAGAUGCGAGAAGCUUCCAGAAGGACAACCAUCUCUGCAGCACUCCACCAAUCAGGCCUUUAUGGUAGAGUGGCCAGACGGAAGCCACUCCUCAGUAAAAGGCACAUGACAGCCCGCUUGGAGUUUGCCAAAAGGCACCUAAAGGACUCUGACCAUGAGAAACAAGAUUCUCUGGUCUGAUGAAACCAAGAUUGAACUCUUUAGCCUGAAUGCCAAGCGUCACGUAUGGAGGAAACCUGGAACCAUUCCUACGGUGAAGCAUGGUGGUGGCAGCAUCAUGUUGUGGGGAUGUUUUUCAGGGACUGGGAGACUAGUCAGUAUCGAGGGAAAGAUGAACGAGCAAAGUACAAAGAUAUCCUUGAUGAAAACCUGCUCCGGAGUGCUCAGGACCUCAGACUGGGGCGAAGGUUCACCUUCCAACAGGACAACAACCCUAAGCACACAGCCAAGACAACGCAGGAGUGACUUCGGCACAAGUGUCUGAAUGUCCUUGAGUGGCCCAGCCAGAGCCCGGGCUUGAACAUGAUCGAACAUCUCUGGAGAGACCUGAAAAUAGCUGCAGCGACGCUCCCCAUCCAACCUGACAGAGUUUGAGAAGAUCUGCAGAGAAGAAUGGGAGAAACUCCCCAAAUACAAGUGUACCAAGCUUGUACAUUUUACAUUUUAGUCAUUUAGCAGACGCUCUUAUCCAGAGCGGCUUACAGUUAGUGAGUGCAUACAUUAUUUUCUAUUUUUUCAUACUGGCCCCCUGUGGGAAUCGAACCCACAACCCUGGCGUUGCAAACGCCAUGCUCUACCAACUGAGCUACAUCCCUGCCGGCCAUUCCCUCCCCUACCCUGGACGACGCUGGGCCAAUUGUGCGCCGUCCCAUGGGUCUCCCGGUCGCGGCCGGGAGUGUCAUACCCAAGAAGACUUGAGGAUGUAAUCGCUGCCAAAGGUGCUUCAACAAAGUACUGAGUAAAGGGUCUGAAUACUUAUGUAAAUGUGAUAUUUCCGUUUUCUAUUUUUAAUACAUUUGCAAAAAAAUCAAAAAAUUAGUUUUUGCUUUGUCAUUAUGGGGUAUUGUGUGUAGAUUGAUGAGGGGAAAAAAGGCUGUAACGUAACAAAAUGUGGAAAAAGUCAAGGGGUCUGAAUGCUUUCCGAAUGCACUGUAUCAUUAAUUUAUAUGUCCAAAAAGGAUGUAGCAACUGCAGUUGCCCCUUUAACUUAUCUAAUUGCCAUGACUUAAAAUGUUUGUCGUCAAACCACAGCAAAGGACACCAACAGUGUCAGAACUUAUGUAGCCCUUUUUACUGAGGCCUCAAAGAGAGCAUUACCAAAUCCCAUGUGUUGUCUUUCUGGUGACCCUGUGCAUAGCCAAGGGAGUUCUCAGCCUGCCCACUCAACUCCAACGAUGAUGUGAACAAGUGGCUGAAACAUUUUGAGGUCAGCGCCCCACUGAUCUGCCAGUCUGUGAUGGUCUCCAGAGACCCCGUAAGUAUAGACUUAAUCUACUAUCCCUAACGUGACUUUUUGUUUUCGCUUUUUGCACUUUUUACUAACUGGCUUUUUUUUGCUAUUCAGGGUUUAGACCUACGUUUGGAGCACACUCACUGCUUCAGCCACCAUGGAGAGGGUGGUCACUACUACAUAGACACCACUCCUGACACUGUGGAAUACCUGGGUUACUUCAUGCCUGCCGAGUUCGUCUACCGCAUUGACCGACCCAGUGAGACCCACAAAGUUGGGCAAGACUGAAACAUGACAAGAGACUUGACAGUCAAAUCAAUGUUAGAAAGUCUGACCUUUUGAUCUGGAUUAUCUAACUGAAUCAAUUAUUAAUGAUCAUCUACAAUCUAUCUUACAUUAUGCAUUUUUCAAAAGGCCUUUGAUUUGAUGAUUUUUCAACAAAGUCCACAUUUGUUUUAGUCAAGAUAAUAUUGUGCAAUUAAAACUCAACGUUUUCAAUAACUCAGAAACAUUUCAAGAAUCGUGUGAUAAACAUGCAUUUGAUUCAAAUAAUUGUAACAUUUCAUUAUGUUGUACUUUUGGGAAUAAACACAGUGUGUGAAAAUGAAUGAAAAAAUAACUGUAAUGAAAGAUAAAUACACAUUUCAUUUAGUCAUUUUUGUUUUUUCUGGAUAAUAAAAUAGAUUUUUGAACAA